GAACAAGGCUCUGUAAGCAGAUCAGUCUCUUCUAUAUCGUCAGGAUGUUGUGUGGUCACACAGAGAUUCAAUCCUCAGGGUGCUGGUCGGCCUCUGAGGACGGAGACCAGUGAAGCCAGGUCCCCAUACAGUCCUCAGGGAUGUUCUCUAGGGGUCACGAGAGGGGUGUCAGUGGAGGAGAUGAACCAAAAGGGACAGAGCCACCUCAGAGUCCACACAAGUGGUCCAAGAGGAGGGAGCUGGGGGGGAGGGAGAGGACUCAGAGCCCCAAGGUGAGUCGCAGCGUGCAGAGGAAGCUCCAGAAGUACCUGCAGGGAUCGGAGGGUCCUGUGGAGCCCUCCAUCCACCAGCCCCAGGACCAGCACAUCCCUGUGGAGAUGCAGCAGGACAUGUUCAUCUGUGGCCUGCAGAGAAACCCCUCCAGUGGGGAAUUCCCUGGACUCCACUCCUUCCUGCACAACUGCCGCAGUCACACAUUGACACUAAACCCACCUGUGGCUGGGGAGAUGGAGCUGAACAGGGAGGGCUUCAUCAACACCCCCUGUACUGUACGCACUAACGGCCCCACCUCUAGUCUCCCCACCUCUCCCUCUGGAGAGAACAGCAGCUCUGAAUGUCAGGAUGGGAUCGGGGUUGUGGGGGGGACACACAGGCCUUCUCCUAGUGAAGGGAAAGAAGAAGAAGAGAAAGAUGAGGAGGGAGAAAAAGGCACCAGUGACAUCGUCGAGCACAUAUUGAAAGAACUGCGAGGGAUCAACAAGAUCCAGGAGGAAAUAUCAGACCUGCGGCAUUACCUAACCUCUGUGAGGGGCUCUGUGGACGAGGUCUCCUGCUGUGUGGAUACAGUGCUGAAUGAGAUAGGGGAGCUCUGCUCCUAUGGAGCCUCAGCACCAGGACCCCAGACCCAGCUCUAUCCCCAGACACCUCAGAGGCUCAGCGUCAGACGCGGCAGCCUGGGCAGGCAAAAUGCUGUCACAGCUUUCCACAGGAGGGACACCAGUCCUUUACUGGAGCGCCGGCACAAGUCUUGGGACAUAGACCCAGUGAUGAUGAUGCCACCCCAAGGGUCACCUAAGAGAUGGAGAGAAAGGUUACCUCCUUUCCAACCUGAACUACCUGACCAGGAGAACUCAGACCAUAGCUCAGAUGUGCCCUGUUCAGGGUCCAGCCUCUCCAACCUGGAGAGGGGGUAUGCCCAUGAUUGCCCCAGCACCAGCUCCCUGUCCUCUGGCCAAAGCUCCAACACUCUGGACCGGGACACCAGGUACCGCUCUGGUAAGGCCGGGGUGUGGCAGAGCGGUUGGUCAUCAGCGGAUAUGCAGCAUAGUGUGAGUGGUGAUGGGGGGUGGAGUGGGGAGAACGGAUGGAGCGAAGAGGAUGUCUGCUCCUGUCUGAACAGUGGAGAGGAGGUGGAGGACCACUGUGGAGGGCCCGGUGGCUGGGCCAGGUACACCAUGGGAGAGACCAGCAGCACCCCAGGCCAGUCCUCCCACAGCAGCUCAGAGCACCUGUCCCUGCUUUUCAGCUGCCACAAAAAUUCCCCCUCCAGCUCGUCCAGUGUAGUGGACUGGCGGCCGCCCAGACAGCAGGGCAGCAAUGGACACUUGGAGUGUGACUGUUCAGCCAACUGCCCAUACUCCCGGAGCUCUGGCUACCACACUGUAGACGCCUACGCUGAUGAUGUGGGGAGCUGUGGGCCGUCCAGGAGCAUAAGUCACUCUACUGUGCUGCUCACAGACUGUGAUGAUGGCUACCUGGAGCCGCACUCUUCCUGUGACCACCGUCCAUCCUCAUUUGAUGCCCUGGACAUGGGAUCUGCUAGGAGCCUUGACAGGGAGUGGACUGAACAGUCUGUCUCAGGAGAUGAUGCAGGAGAGUGGGAGUCGGGGGACCUGCCUAGCCCUGAGCCUGAGAACACCCAGCCCCUCAAUGUGGGAUUUGAUGUGAAGAGCAUUGAGAAGGCUGUGCUCAGUUUCAGGUCAGCUCUGAAAGGGGCUCUGAGGAAGCUGGAGGGGUCCAGCCUGGAGCAUGGUAGAGAUGACAGUGAGUCUGAAGCAGCUCCCUCUCCUGUCAGACCCUGCUCCCCUGAACCUCCUGAGGGAGAGAUCACUCUGCCAACUGAUCACGUCCACUCUGGGUCUCCACUGGAAGAGUUCAGUGAGGCAUCAGUGUAUGUGGACUGCAGCCCAGACCAAGAGAACCUGCUGUGCUCCCUACAAGCAGCAAAGGAAAGUACUCACUCCCCCUGCACCCCUACUGAAUAUCACUCCAUGGAGCAUUUAGAGAGCCGAGAAGCGUAUCAGACUGAUGGAGAACUGCCCAUCCCAGAGCUGACACCAGACCACAGUCCUCCUGGAGGUGCUGGGCAUAGCCCAGGAGAGUCUAACCUCAGCCCAAGGGGGAUAGGGUUAAGUCCAAUAGGAGAGGACCAUGAUGGAGCUGAUCAGGAUGAGUUUAGUGAACAGGAUGUUGUCAGCCCUAAGGAACGCCUUGCUAAUCUGCAGCGCAUCCUAAAAGAAAAGAGACAGAGACGCAAACUCUCCAAAUCUUCCCAAGGAUCCCAGUCCACUUUCUCUGAGGAGGAGCUCAAUCCAGACGGCAGCAGGGAAGAUGACCAGGUUAUUCUCAUGCCUUUUAAAUUAGCUCCCUUUUUUUAGUUAUGUUUUGUUGUUUUCAUUCACACAGAUAUAUUUUGAGUUUUGAUGUGACUGUUGCAUUUGCCGUUGGGUGUUUUCAUAUCCUAUGCACGGUCCCCAUGUUUUCCUUUUGGCAUACCUUUAGCGGAGGUGUUUAACAGCUUGUAAUUUAUUGUUGAGGUUUGCUCCUAAUGAAUGCAUUUUCAAAUGGCUUUACUAUUAUGUUUUGAUUGAAAUAAAAUAACCUAUUAUUUAUGUAAUUCAAAAUCUGAAUAGGGUAAAAUAAUUAUGUUCUUGGCAGCAUCAGAUCAGUAGAAACAUUGUUGUGAAGUUGUUUUGUAGAUGCCAUAUUCUGAGCACCAGCUCAGAACUGUUUCAAACGCUGUCAGAACCUCCUAGUACUAGGAGAGGCAGAGGGAGAGGAGCCCUAGAGAGCCCAGCUACCCAACUCUAGCCCCAUACAUCUGAGAGGAGGAGGUGCUCAGGAGCUGAUGAAACACUUUACCUCAGAGGAAGAGAGAUGAAAUACGUCUGUUUUUUUUCCAUGUUAUUGCACAACUCCAAAAAGGUUAUCUGAAGUACCCCCCACCCCCCAAAGUUCUCCCAGUUGUACUUUGAACAUCUGCGCAACAAAACAAGUUGUUCCUUGUUUUAUUUGCAUCUGUACAUUGUUAGUGAUAUCGAACAGAAAACUGGUCAUUUAAUGUGUUCAUCUCUUUCCCGCUCUCAUUUUACAAGUACCUCCCUUUUGCUACUGAUUUAUAUAUUUUUCUUCUAUUUUCGGCUUUUCAGUUUGCCAACAAGCAUUAGAUGCCAUGUAUUCAUCAAAUGUGUAAAAUGAUGUUCUGAAUGUGUUCUGUUCUGCAUGUACCAUCGAAGAGGUGAAACUCAACCAUCUGUGUGUCUUUCCAUUCUCUAUCCUCUGUGUACCUUUUUAACCUAUAAGAUUAAGUCUUUUAAGUCUUUAUAGCUGAAUCUGAAAACCUAUUGUGUUUUAAAU